GGAAGCUCACAAUUGUUCUUUGUCAAAAUUGUAGAUGUACGCUAUAAGUAACCGACCCUGUUGCGUUGCCCCAAUUUGACUCCGUCCUUCCGAUCCAAACACACACGCACAUAAAAUCUCCGAUCCGUGCGCCUACCCCUCUGCCCUUUCUCUCUCAUCUCUUCAAUCCAUCUUUCUCUUGUUUCUUUUUCAGUAAAAAUCCAUACGGGAUUAUUGGCAUUGAGAAGGAGGUGGCGAGAGACGCAUUGUAAACGAAUCGGAAUCUUUUUGCUGCUGAAAACAGGUUUUGAUUCAUCCGGAAAAGGGGCUUCUAAAAAGCAAGUUUUUUGUGUGUGGGCUUUUGUUUCUGUUCGAUUCCCGAAAAGGGUAUAAUAGCAUAGAGAGAGAGGGAGAUGAUAAAAGGGUAUUGUUAGGAAAGAAACUGUGUAGGUAUAUGUAUUGAUAGUGAAAUGUCUGAAUUGGUGGCCCGCACUGGUCGUCAUCAGCAACGUUAUGAGGCCGGUUGCCGCCUCAUCGCCGGGUGCAUUCCCUUCAGGUUUCGGUACUCUGAAGGCAGUAAUGGUAACAAAUCUGAGAAGAUUGUGGAGGUACUAAUGAUCAACUCUACAAGUGGACCUGGUCUUUUGUUCCCAAAGGGUGGAUGGGAAAACGAUGAAACUGUUGAGGAGGCAGCUGCACGUGAAGCAUUGGAAGAGGCUGGAGUUCGAGGGGAAUUAAUGCAUUUCUUGGGACACUAUCAUUUCAAAAGUAAAACGCUACAAGACGAGUUUAGCCCUGAAGGAAGGUGUCGAGCAGCCAUGUUUGCUUUGUUUGUGAAGGAGGAGCUGGAGUCUUGGCCGGAACAAAGCCGCCGGCUGAGAAGUUGGGUGACCAUACCAGAGGCCGUCGAAUGUUGCCGGCACGCGUGGAUGCGAGAGGCUCUGGAGAAUGGGUUCAACCAAUGGAGUGCUGAUGGGAUGAUUAGAACCAUGAAGGCUGUUUCCAUGGAUGAUGCUUCUGAUGGUGUCAAGAAGGUACAAGGAGUUUGUACUCAUUCUGACUUAUCUUUCUUUCAACCAAAACAUUUAACUGUGUUGGGUUCGUUUUUUACGAGUAAGGAGCUGUUUGGUUGAUUUUUCAUUAAGUUUUGUACGGAUAAAGUUGUCUGUAUAGAUUAACAUGUCUGUAUUAGAUGGCAGUAGCGUGUUUUUUUUAAU